AUGCAUUUGAUGUACUAUCUUGACGCGAAUGGUAACCGUAUAUACACCAUGAAGAGACUAAGUCCAACAGGAGAGGUCACAAAAUCAGCACACCCUGCUAAGUUUUCUCCAGACGACAAGUUCUCGCAACAUAGGGUCACGUUGAAAAAGAGAUUUAAUUUGUUAUUGACGCAACAGCAGCAGAAAGAUUUUUGA